AUGGCCUGGAAUGCCUAUCAUAUAUCUAUAUCAGGGGUCAUCCACUGCGCAGCAGAGAGGCGCCCAGAUGUCGCUGAAAAAAAUCCGAGUGCAGCGCAGAGGUUGAAUGCAGACGUUCCUGGCCAUCUUGCAUCGUUAUCAAAGCCCUUGGGCUUCAAGCUGGUAUACAUCUCCACUGACUAUGUUUUUGACGGCACCUCACCGCCGUACGGCCCGUCGUCGAUGACGAACCCUUUGCAAUUCUAUGGAAAAUCAAAGCGGGACGGAGAAAUCGCCGUCCUGGGUGUGGAGGGGGCACAGGCAACAGUGCUUCGAGUUCCUGUACUGUAUGGACCAGCCCCCAAGAAUUCAGAUUCAGCUAUCAAUAUUCUGCUCGACGUGGUCCAAGAUCAGUCAGGGAAGACAUACAAGAUGGACCACUACGCAACCCGUUAUCCUACUAACGUGGUUGAUAUAGCCAACUUUUUGGUACGCCUGACAGACGUCAAGAAGCCCCUUCCUCCGAUUAUUCAUUACUCUGGAGAUGAACCGUACACGAAAUACGAAAUAUGUCUCAUAUUUUCUAAAAUUAUUGGUCUCCCGCACACCCAUAUCAUCCCAGAUGCUGAGCCGCCUACCGGCGAAGGUGCGACGACUCGCCCUCGAGACUGCCGUCUAGACACGAGAGAAACGGAGGCUUUGGGCGUUGAAGGAGGGCUUAAUUUAUCCCUAUUCGAGGAGUGGUGGACGGCUAGAUCGAAGAAAUGA